AUGGAAACAGACGAAGCAGUUGCCUAUCCCAUAUUCAGCGAUAAAGGAAUUGCAGUGUUGAGGAUUAUAAAAAAAAGGAAACCCCUUAGGGAAAAAUUUAAUCGAGAGAAGCAGAAACUUCAGAUGCUACAAAGAACUGGUGCUGGAUUAUCAUUUACGACACCGUGGCCGUUAAUGUCAUUCUUUGAAUUUAUUAUGUUUGAUCAUAAGACACCUAGAGAAACUAGUAGCAGUGUUAUUUUAGAGAAAAAUAAUAUAUAUUUACAUUCGCUAAUUAUGGAGGCAGAAGUAGUUUCAGAACCUUCGAUAGAUGAAGCUAGUCUGACCAACUUAGAGUUUGAUAGUCAAAUUAAUCAGUGUAAUCUACUUAAUAACCAUCAAGAGGCAUCUGCUACUCCACCUGUAGUGAACCUUAAUCGUAGCAAUUUAGAAAAGGAGCAGUAA